UGCGCGCUCCGGGGGCGGGCGCGAACUGGGACCAUGGCGGCGGCGCUGGGCAGUCGGGGCGCGCGGCGGCUGCUGCUGCUCCUUUCGGCGCUGAAGCCAGGGCUCCACGUCCCCAGGGCCGGGCCCUCGGCCGCGUUCAGCUCCUCUGUGACCUCUGCCAGAGUGGCCGUGAACGGCGUCCACCUGCAUUACCUGCAGACGGGAGAGGGAGAGCACGCGGUCCUGCUGCUGCCGGGGAUGUUGGGAAGUGGCGAGACGGAUUUCGGCCCUCAGAUCGAGGCCCUCAACAAGAAGCUCUUCACGGUGGUCGCCUGGGACCCCCGAGGCUACGGACGCUCCAGACCCCCGGAUCGAGACUUCCCCCGGUUUUUCGAAAGGGACGCAGAAGACGCCAUUGGCCUGAUGAAGACGCUCAAGUUUAAGAAGGUCUCUCUGCUGGGGUGGAGUGACGGGGGGAUAACUGCCCUCACUGCGGCGGCCAGAUACCCGUCCUACGUCAGCAAGAUGGUGAUCUGGGGUGCCAACGCCUACGUGACCGACCAGGACGAGAGGAUCUAUCAGGGUAUCCGCGACGUUUCUAAAUGGAGUGAGAGAACGAGGAAGCCGCUGGAAGCCCUGUAUGGGUUCGACUACUUUGCCAGGACCUGUGAGAAGUGGGUGGAUGGCAUCAUGCAGUUUAAACGUCUUCCCGAAGGUAACAUCUGUCGGCACCUGCUGCCCCUGGUGCAGUGUCCCACCUUGAUCGUGCAUGGCGAGAAGGACCCUCUGGUCCCACGUUUCCACGCCGACUAUAUCCAUGAACAUGUGCGAGGGUCACGGUUGCACCUGAUGCCGGAAGGCAAGCACAACCUGCAUUUACGUUUUGCAGAUGAAUUCAACAAGUUAGCAGAAGACUUCCUAUGCAACAGUGUCCCUGAGAACAUGUGACCCGGUGAUUCUCCUGCCUGGGGCGGGAGCCUGGGGUGCUGCCCCUAAAACUGCACCCCCCCACUCGUCACCCCUCAGUUCACCUGCCUCUCCGCCCCCUGCAGCUCCCCCCAAACUGCUCCUGGCCUGGCACGAGUAACAGCAUAAGCACCGUCCAGCUUCCACAGCUGGGAAAAUUCAACCCCAUUUUUAAAUGUGAAUUUCUACCCUUGUCUUAAGAAAUAAAUUCCUAUGAUGAUUUACUUUCA